AUGACCCGCAAAAGGUCCCCUAAUUUCAUAGAGUCCGAGAAAUUAUUAUUCUCGCAAUUGCUGGAAGUACACGCACCCGCAAUUGAAUGUAAGAGAUCCGACGCCCAGACGGCGAAGGAGAAAAAAGAGGCUUGGGAGGCACUUCAUGCCUCAUUUAAUGCUUCAACUACCUAUGUAACAAGAACGAUUGACAAUUUGAAAUCCCUGUGGGAUAACAUGAAGGCGCAAGCCCGAAAGGCACUCGGCACGGAACGCCGAGAGAUGUAUGGAACAGGAGGAGGUGCCAUAAACACGGAGGGACUGCCUACAAACGUAGACGAGGCAGUCAUCGCGGUGAUCGGGAAGAGUGCCACAGGCCUCGAAAACCCGCAUGACCAUGAUGGAGUGGUAAGUCUUGCAUUUGCAGCGUUAAUUAAUUUCCAAAGUCCACCCUUACAUUAAAAGCUGUGAACUCUU